GGGACUUGGAAAUUCCGUACUAAAUUGCUCCAACUCCAGGCUCCAAUGUUUGUUUGUCAUUGUUUGGCUUAAAUUAUUGAUUAGAUUUACUGUAGAUCUAAAUCUAGGUCGUUACUACACGGACAAGUUAAGUGUCAAUUGCCUGUUGCACACUUUGUGAGAAAGCUGUUCAUACGGUGUGCUUGGAUCCUUACAGUCAAAGGUCGAAACCCAUUCAACUGAUGAGUGAGUAGGCCACCAGAUCUACAACAAUACAACUGACGCUGCAGCUGGGAGUCACUCGAGGUGGAGGCUUUGGCAUCUUUUGAUUUUGAGGCAAAAGAAGAGCUAUAAAGACCGGGAGUUACUUUCUGGUUCAGACUUACUGAGAGAUUUACCAAACUCUGAUCGAAAAUGGUGCGGACAAAGGCUGACUCAGGCUCUGGUGCCUCCUCCAGGAAAGUUGUUGCAGCAUCAGCACCACGGAAAAGCCUCGGGGGCGCUGGGUCAAGCGCAGGCUCUGUUGAUGGCAGUUCUCCUGCUGGCAAAGGCAAAUAUGCUGGUGGCAAUCCUGUGUGCCCAAGACCCACUCCUGAGUGGCAGAAAGGGAUAUCAUCUUUUUUCAAUAGAAAUGCCUCGUCUUCAAAUUCGUCAUCAUCAUCGUCUUCAUCCUCUUCUUCCUCUUCAUCACAAGAGGGUGGCAGCAGCUCAAGUGCAUCGGAUGACUAAGAAUGGAGAGUCCUGGUGGAUGUUGGAACUUCCUGAACAUAUACAAUUCAUGCACUUUUUUUUUUUCUUGGUUUCAUUGAGUUAACUCUUUCACUGCUGAGCCAUAAAUGAUUAUAAAAACCAUGAGGUGCAGCCAUUAGAAAGAACGAAGUAAAUCAUGGUUAUAGACUUUUGUUCUUUGGAAAUGGAGAAAUUCACACGCCAGGUACAACUUAAUUAACCCUGUUUUCCCUUCUACCACUUUCCGUAAUCACCACAGGGGUAAAUUAGUUUUGAUGACAGCUGUUUUGUUCAGCAGUGUAGAGAUUUAAGGAAGGAGUUCUGUGCUGCCCAUGUUUUUGGUUUUUUUAUUUGACCAAAAAAAAUUGUAUGAAAAAUACUUACCUUUGCAUAUAUUUUGUUUUGUUCAUUGUCAGGAUGCUGAAAGAGGAGUCUUUAUAUUUGAGGAUUAGAAUCAAGCUUUUCUUUUUGUACUGAUUUUUUUUUUUCCAUAGAAACAAAACAAGACAAAAGAAUUGAUUUGUCUAGUAUUUGAGGGUUGUGUUGGUGCGGGAGAUCUGAAGAUUCCUUGUUGAAGUUAUGAAUAGGAAAUAGAUCUGAGAUUACGGGGGGAAAUUAGUUUCAAGGUACACCUUUAAUAGUGUUAUUAAAGGGAAAAUUAGUUUCAAGGUGCACCUUUAAUAGUGUUAUUAAAGGGAAAAUUAGUUUCAAGGUGCACCUUUAAUAGUGUUAUAGAAUGAAAUGAGUUCUUGGUUAUAUAAGUUGUAUUGGAAGACUGGGGUGUUGUUUUUUUUAUGUGAAGGCAGCAAUUUAUAAAUUACUUGGCUUUUAUUCAAGUUUGUUUCAAGACAAGCAUGAGUUAAAGUACGCCCGUCGAAAUGUCCGAGACAAUCAGCCAUUGUUGAGGAGAGAAGUGGAUGUCCUGGACAGUGCUGUUAUAAUCCUUUUUUUUUUUUUUUUUUUUUUUUUGCAAGGAAAAGAUGGGAAGUGGCCGUUUCUACAGCUGAAUAUCUUUAUACAUGUGGCCGUUGGAGCAGGUUUGACUGUGGUUGGGUAUGGGACUGGGUGGGUUGAUACAGGAGAAAAUACCUUUGUUGCAUUUAGACUCUCUCUCUCUCUCUCUCUCUCUCUCUCUCUCUCUCUCUCUCUCUCUCUCUCUCUCUCUCUCUCUCUCCUGAAAAAAUGAAAAAGAAGUGUGUUUUUUUUUUUUUUUUAUGCAGCCUCGGAACUGUCUUUGCACGAUUGGCAGUAGUAUGUGGUGUAGAGCGAAACUCCUUCCAAGUCAAAGUGUCCUUUUUCUUGUUCUUGUACGUGCACAUUUUUCCCCCGAAAGUUCUGCUGGCAAAGUGUGACUGUGCUUUGUGUGGAUGGUUUGGGUGUGAUGAGUCUGCAGUUUCUGUGUGAAUGAUCUUUUAUGUUUGUUACUCUCUUGUAGCACCUCUAAUCUUCGGUACUUAUAAGACCUCAUUGUGUUGCAAGUGCCGUAAAACUUACUAAUACAACUCUUUGGAGUAGGACCAAAAGAUGUCGUCAGCUCUGUACAACUCUUAAACGUGUUGUUGAAGUGCAGGCUUGCCAACUGUCCCUGAAAUUUAAGAGACUCCCAAAUUCAGCAAUGUGGAAUAUGAAAGCCUUUUCAUGUAUACACACUACACCACCGAAAUCAGUGCAGUGCUACUAAAUUGUAAUUUUUUUCACUUGCUGUAUAAUGUGAUCUGAUGUUCUACCGUUGUAUUUCCCUGAUUGAGAUUUGGAAAAGUUGGCAAGCCUGGAAAGGGGAAUCAUGGCAGCUCUUUAUCUCAGCAGCAGUUUCUCAACCCACACAUUUUUACAGUUUUGCCUUAUCAAUCUUGUUUCCAUUGUUUUUCUUUUAUAUAAAUAUGGCUAAGUGCACUUACGCAUAUAUAUUUUUGCCUGUUCGGGGCCCUGGUGACAAAUUUCAUGAACCUCCGAGUCUGAUGCAGCAAGCAUUCUCCGUUAUUGUCUUGUUAUAUGACACGAUGCACCAAGACUUAAAAUAGCAUAAUUAUUUUUUUACUACCACCGAAUUUUACCAAACUGCUACCACCGUAUUUUAUCAAAUGUGACCACCAUAAUUUUACCACUCUGUUACCACCGUUGGAAAAUGUAUCUCGCAUACUCUUCAUCUGAACUUGUUCUUCAUUUAAAAAAAAAAAAAUUUUUUUCCAUUUCACAGACCUGUGGCUUUUCAUGAUUCAUUGAGGACAUUCUGAGUUUUUGAUAAAUUGUUCAUUUGAUUUUGACAGUCCAUUCUAUUUUCAGGCUGUUGUAACUGUAGAAAUAUUUGAGUCUGAUGUGUUCAAAUUGUUGGGCCCUUUUCCAUUUCUUUUCCUCUCUGAUCACUUUUUAUGUAUAAUAAUAACAAUAUUAUUGCUUAUCUGUAGCGAUGACUAUAGCAGGUAUUUGUACAGGACUAUGGUUGUUGAAAAUUGUUGUAAUAUUCCGAUAGGUCUGAGUCCAACAACUUGGGGAUACCAUACCAGCAUCACUGGAAUGAUGGUGAGAAUAUUUCUGGCACUUUGUCACUUGUGUCUUGCAAUGGAAUUAGCUUUAAGUUUUUAUCGUAUGGUGAGCCAGUUGAGGUAGCACAUCGUAUUGCUCGGUUGUUUACGGACAUACGGAAAAUCUACAAAACCCCAGCAGAUUCAUCUCAUGUAUAAAUAGUCAAACUGUUGUGUUUAUUGCAAGCGUUGAUCAUUUCUUCUCGGUUUGGUGUUUAUUUGUACAAAUUUAUAUAGGUGUGUUAAUUAGGAGUAGAGUUACGGGGAAGUUUAUGAUGCUGGAAGAAAAAAAUUGGCCGCAUAAACGAAAAAUAGUGAGUUAACAGAAAGUUCUUGGGGAUUUUCUUUGUUGAAAGCAAAGGUCCAUCGUUUCAUCAUGAUUCUCUCUUUCUCUUUUUUUUUGGUCGGGCCCUGUUUGUAUGAAAUGCCAAGAACAUUGACCGUGCCUUGUAUGUAAACAUCUUCAUACAUCAUACGUGCAUACCGAUAUAUCGUUGGCAAGCUGUUUAAAAUUAAAUACUAUAAGCCCAGAAAGAAAGAAAAAAUGCUACACGUUGUAUCUGCCCUUGCGCAUCCAAUACCAUAGAUGAAAAUAAGUGCAUUUUUAUUUUUUUAAUGUCAUAAUUCUUUGCUUACUUUUUGAACUGUUGACCACUGAAUAUGUCGCCUUCUUCAUCCCGCCAUGAGUAUUUUAUAAGUGGAAAAAUAUUGUCAGUGGCCUUUACUUAAGACUAAUUGAGACUAUUAUAAUAAUGAUAAUACAUUUUACAAAUAAUUCUGUUAAUUAAAGUUGCAUAAACAAACGUCUCAUGUCAUAAUGACAAAUCAUGGGUUGUUGCUGUACUUGAUUUGUAUGCCAGUGUUUGAUGAAUUUUUAUCUAUAUAUAUAAAUGUUUGCAGCUCAAUAAAGUGUUCUUGUUUCUUAAGUAAA